CACCUCGGGCGCUAGACGUCCUGGCGGUUCAGUGUCGUGCGCGAUUUCGUAUGCGGCGCUUCCCAACUUCCGGCCGUGUCCGGCUUCCACGGAGCCUCGAUCGUUUCUCGAUCCUAGCCGCGUUGUCUACGGGAUAACCAAGAGAGAUAUAUACAUGUCGUAUCAAGGGGUCGGGGAGAGAUGUGCGGAUUGAUUCGUCGGUGAAAAUCAUGUCUUCCUACCUUCCUGCCGCGUACCUCGUCUCGAAGAACGGUUGUUCAUUCUCCAAAGAGGAGGAUUCGACGACGGUAUAAACGAAUUUUGAGAACGAUUGGCCAGGAUGAUGCAGCCGGAUUUCAUCGACGACGACGACGAUGGUACCAUCGGUCCGGUUACGACGGGAAUGAAAUAUCGAACGACCGGUCUGUCGUCGAGAUUCGGUUGAAAUAAAAAAGGGGGGAAGAGUGCGGCGUGGCGCGCGCACAGGCUCGGGGAGGGAAAAAAAAAAAAAAAAAAAAAAAAAAAAGAAAAGGGAAAAAAAGCGGAAAAGCGUCGGUAAAUAAUUAAAAAUCGGUGUAACAUCGUCGCGAUGGAUUCGGUGGAGAUAAAUUAUUCGACGGGUUAAACCCGAUCCUAAUUUUAUCUCAAAGGUAGAGAGUAAAUCUUCCCAUCGACGAAACGGUGAUACUCGUGACUCCUACUUGAACUUUCCGCGCGUGCUUCCGAUCGAAUUAAGCUGGGACUGCUCGUUGGUUCUCGUUAACGCGACACGAAACGGUGGAUAGAAUGAGGACCUGUCGGGGCGCAGCGGGGAAAUUCGAGAAAUUCGCGGCGAGCCACCGAAAUCGAUUACGACUUUGCGCAAAGUUGUCUGCAAGAUCGAUAACGCGGUGGUUGAUCGUCGGUUACGCGUCGGCCGUUUCGCCGUUAUCAUCGUGCAUACAUCGCGGCCGCGACCAGGAGAGAACGGCCCGAUUCCGGUAAUCGUGCCACCAGUUGUUUCGUUGAUGGCCCGCCAAUAAAACCGUUGGACGCAACCGUGCUUUCGUGCCCCCGUCCUGUAUGUGUAUGUGUAUGCUACGCGCUGGAAUGAUCCCCUCGUAAUGACUCGUAAUUACGGGAAGGAGGAGCGAACGUCGUGCUGGAACGAUUUAAGGAACACCUAGCGCCACCCCCUCUCCCCUUCCUCCUCCUCCUCCUCCUCCUCCUCCUCCACCUCCUCCACCUCCGCCUGUAAUGAUUAGGUGCACGCGACUUCGAGGAUUACCCGGUUGAAGUGUGGUGAAGAGUCUUAUCCAAAGGAUAAGAGAUCGGUGGAUCGUGGACGUGUCCGAGCAACGGAAACGUCGAGUUUCGACGUUCACAGCCUAAGAUAAGAUUAUAUCGCCCGGAUAUAUCGAGUAUCCCCUCUUUCUUUUCCCUUUGGCCGGAGUGCCCAAAUCAAUCGGAGAUCCAUCAAGGGGAACGACAUUCGAUCGACGCGGGCGGACACGCAAUAUGGACACGUCGCCGACGUUGAGUAUCGGUGGCUCGAGGGCGAGGGCAGCGCUUCUGACCACGAGCGGCACCGGAACCGGAAGCACCGAUAGACGCGUCGUCUUUUUAGCGAGCCAACCGGCGGUCGGGACUGGCCACGAGACCAAGACUUGGCCCCACCAUUGGUCACCGCACGCGACCGGUAACAGUUACAAAUCGCCCGAGGAGUCGCCGCAUUCGGAGCACAGCAGAUUGAGGAUGUCUCGAGGGCAGACGGGUUGGUCGGACGAGCCGUGCGCGUCGUCGAGCGGCGGUCGAAGCGGGCGACAAUCCGCGGGGCCAUCGGCGAGGACGACGCCUCCGAUCCUCGAGGACCGGUCUUCCGCCACCUCCAUCUGUAAAGGUGGAUUCAGAUUAGGCGUUUACGGCUGGAGGAAAAAGUGUCUGUACUCUCUGGUGCUCGCCCUCAUGCUGAUCGUGAUCCUCAACCUGGCGCUCACCGUCUGGCUGCUCAAAGUCAUGGGAUUCAGUUCGGAGGGAAUCGGCUCCCUGAAGGUGGUGCCCGGAGGGAUCGAGCUCAGAGGUCAGGCCGCCGUCCUGGAUGCCCUGGUGGCCUCCAGCCUCAGAUCCAGACGGGGGAAGAAUCUGGUUCUCGAGUCGUGGAACAACUUCACGGCGUCGGCCAGGUCGCACGACGGCCGAUUGCUCGCCCGAUUCACAGUUGGCGAGGAUCGUGUGGACUGCGUGUCGAGAGGCUUCCGGAUAACCGACCCUCAAGGAGGAAUUCUCUUCUCGGUGGACAGGGAGCAGGUGGUGGUCGGGGCGGAGAUGUUGAAGGUGACCGGCGACGGGGGUGCCGUUUUCCAGGGCAGCGUUCAAACGCCUCUGGUCAGAGGGGAAUCUGGCCGUGGCCUCAGAUUGGAAUCGGCGACCAGAUCCCUCAAGAUCAGCGCCCCCCAACAAGUGGCAAUCGAGUCGUGGGCGAACGAGAUCUCGGCUUCCUGUCUAACGGAUCUGAAGCUCGAGAGCGUGCACGGUGCGAUCAAGCUGGAGGCGAAGACUCUGUUCAUGAAAGGGUUGAAGACGGCCAGCCCAACGAGCCAAGGCCACGCGUCCAGGGAGCAGCAACAGCAGCAGCAGCAACAGCACUCCCCGAGAACGGGGUCCUCCCCACACCAGAGCCAAAGGGACACGACCAUCUAUCAGUUGUGUGCCUGUGCUAACGGGAAACUGUUCCUCGCCAGAUCCGAGGGGACGUGCCAAGCGGACAAAUCGAUUUGCUAAUACCACCGGAUCUAGAGAUCCACUGCCAUCACCUCCGCUACUACUAUUACUACUAUUACCACUACUACAACCACUACACGCCUCGAAAAAAUGGACGACGUGGAGGACGGGAUCCGUUUCGGAAUCGAUUCGGCCACGCGUGAAACGGUGGUGGGAUCGAAAUUUGCCGAGAGUUCGUGGUUAAUCGACGGCAGAUGGCGAUGAUCUCCAGUGAUCGAGCCUCUCGAGAUCGGCCUUCCCGCUUUCUCGAAAUUUUAGAAAUUCGGCGCGUGGACGCUUGCACUCGUUUCUUAGGACUCGUCGUGUUCUUUUUUUUAUUUUUAUUUUUUUCGUCCCGCUAUGGAUCCCGUGAAAGAUGGACGAGACGCCUCGCCAGGAAAUAAGAUUGUACGAUAAACGGGAGGAAAAGUAAGAGAAGAGGACGCACAAGAGCCGAUUCGAUUCGACUCGACUCGAUCGAGCGAAUGUAUAUCUUGUAUAUUAAUAAAAACUGAUUAUCAGAUAGGUGAGCGGCUGGUAAUCGAAUCUCGUCAUCUCGUUCCUGUCUCGUCUGCCCCCCCCUUAGAUCGAGCCGUUUCCCUUUCCCAUCUAAACCCCUCCCAAGUCUCUCCUGCUGGUUUCUUUGCGCAAAUGUUCGCGUGGCCAGUCGAUAGGCAACGAUUCGCAGUUCCUUUUUUCAGCCCGAUCGGACGAGAAAAAUAUGGAGUGAGAGAGAGAGAUGUGUGGAAAAGGAUGUAUCUUGCUGCGAUUAAGAUUACGCAAUAGUUCAUAGUGCGUGCGUGUACGUAUGCGUGUUCUUCGCCCGAUUCUGGACACGAUUUAAAGAGAGAGAGAGAGAGAGACGCGAUUAGAGGAACGUUUUUAUUUUGGAGCGCGUUUUCGCUCGUAAAGAAAUGGGAUGCGCAAGUGUAGUUCACUGUAAAAGGAUCCACGGUUGCGUGAUCCAGCUUGCACACGCUGUACAUCGGCCAUGUCCAUCUAUUUAUGUAUGUGGCAAUAAAGUCGUUAUUGUUAUUAUUAUUAUUAAA